AUGGAUAUAGAAAUUACAACUUUAAGAAUUCAACGAUCUUCUUCAAUACCUCAACAUCAGUUCUCAGCAUCAUCAAUCACAAUUCUAGAUUUUACAACACGGGCAAUCCAACCAGUAGAUGAUGAAGGCGAGAUCAAAAUGCAGAUGUUCUUACCAAAUGCAGCAUCCAAUGAAGCGAAGUUGACCUUCAUCUCAGCCUUCAUCUCAAUCCCCUUUCAGAAACCCUGUCACCAUCGAAGAAACCCUUCAAAGCUUACCAUCGCGAAGAAACCCUCUCGCUACAGAAACCCUCUCACUCACCACUCAUCCUCGCUCCUCUUCGCCCCCCUCCUCGUCGCUGUGCCGCCCUCACCAGCGUCAUCUCUGCGCUUCUCAUCGUCCUUCCCCUUUCAAUUCAAUCGAGUAACCCUCAUCUCUGCGCUAUAUACUGAGCUUAAUGAAUAUUUUUUCUUUGAUUCGUCACCAAUUCACGCUACCUGUACAAACUCGCGCGCCUUCUCCUUCGAUUCGUCGCCGCUACUCAUCUCUUCUUCAAGGGUUUUCACCUUCGAUUCGUCGUCGCUCAUCUCUUGUUCACCGUUGCCAUUCAUCACCGCGCUCACCAAUGUCAAAGAAACUGUAUGCUCUCUAGCGACCUCUUCUCUGCUCUACUGUGAAGCAUCAAGGUUUCCAAUGAGGCAAAGCAUCGAUCCCUAACAAGCGAGGUAAGCGCCCGAUGAUGAUGAUGGUUCUGUGAAAUUUGGGAG